GAGCUAUAUAAGCCGCCUUGCGCGGCCGCUAGGGGCAGUCAUGGCGCUGGGACUGCUGCUGUUGCCGCUGCUGCUCGCGGCCACUCGCGCGAGCCAACAGGUUACAAACGUUGCUCACAGUAACGACCAUCUGCGUCCACGAGAGCCUGGAACCGCACUAGAGGCUUCUCUACUGCUGCCCAAAACAUCUCAGGAGAUCCCUGCAAAACCACAGCACAAUGUGGGAGGAGGGGAACGCGGUCUGCUGAGUUUGCUGCUGUCUGCCGGAGCAGUAAAGCCGAGUAACAGGCUCUGCGGGAACUGCCUGUGUGGCCGGCCAAAUCGCCCAGCCAGCCGGCUGUCCGGAGGUGUGCCGCUGUCGCCAUCGGAGAUGCCGUGGUUGGCGCUGGUCUACGCCGGCGAGGACAACGUCACCACUGGCUCGCUCAUCAACAACAGAUACGUGCUCACCGCCGCCGCGCCGGUACAGGGGUACACGGCGCAGGACGUGAAGGUGUCGCUGGGCGCGGAGAACGUUUGCACGGGCGACGUGAGCACGGUGAACGCCAGCGUCUCCGAAGUGCUGGUCCACCCGCAGUACGACCCCGACUCCAUGGCCUCGGACCUGGCGCUGCUGCGCCUCACCACGCCCGUCGUCUUCUCCUCCCGCAUCAGCCCCGUCUGCUUGCCGCCCACGGACCGGGCGACGUACCUGGGACAGGUGUCGACGGCGGCGUCGUGGUCGGCUGAGGAAGCAACCAGUGUCAACGCGUCGGCGGUGAACGGGACUGCUGGCAAUGCGACGGCGACGGCAGGCAGCGCGUGCAGGGCGCGCAAGCUGCCGCUGCCCGUUCUGCAGCAGCGUGACUGCUUCCUCAGCAACGUGAGCGCGCGACUCGUCACCGAAGACAAGGGCUGCGCCGGCACCCCGGGCACCGCCGCGCUACUCUGCCCGGGAGACGCUGGGGGGCCGCUUCUGUUCCGCACCUUGCAAGGAGUCUACCAACAGAUUGGUAUCCUGGCAUCGGCUAACGAGUGUGGUGAGAACAUCUACGGGCCAUCUUUGUAUACCCGUGUGGCGCCGUAUCUGCGGUGGAUAUUUGCCAACACGAGGGACGCAUGUCUCUGCUCUGCUUAGUCCACUUAGCUGUGACAUCGCGCAGAACUGGAAGGGUGCUACGGCUUCGAUAGACAUCUACAAAGUGUCUUUGACAUUAUGUUGAAGACAACACGUAGCAAGUGGCUCUAACGGUGCACACGGAGACACGGUUUUGCGUCUGAUAUCCGCAGACCGCACAUGUUGCCAAAGAUACUUAGGUUUGCAUUGCGAAUUUGUCUGUUGACCAUACUGCGUUAAGGAUAAAUUUAUAACUGAAAGACGAGUCGCCAGUGCAGUUCCGUAUGCUUAUGAGCGUGUCGUCGUUCAAAGUAUUUAAACUCUGCUUUCUUUCAGGGACGUGCAACUGUAGCUGUUGUGGAGAGAGACUGGUUUGCAGAGUGUACAGGUAGUUCAUUAAGGAACAGCGUUUUUAUGCAAUUUUUGUUCGAUUAAGAAACUGAAGCAAGCUGCAACUGAAAUAUCAUCAUAGGCAAUUCACAAGAAAAAACCAAUUAAACCUGUUAUGAAACCGUGUCACAAAUCUGUAUACUACGUCUUUCUUAAAAUGUCCACAGCUAAAAAUGUUAGUAAGAACCAUAUAUGACUAGAAAAUUAACGAAGAACGCGAAAUACACACUGAGCCUGGAAACUAUUGCUUGAAAUUUGAGCCAAUGUUUGGUGCACAAUAAUGAACACCAAGUGUUUUUAAUGUAAUUAGCAAAGGUGAGCACCAGUUUGGUUUCGUUCACAAGGACAGCUCACUAACUCGUCGUAUGGAAACCCGAAAAUUAAAAACGAUCUGUCGUGUAGCAAAAACAAACAAGAAUUGUAGCCAUUUCACAAAGUGGUUCCUAAUAAAGAACGAGUAGUGCACUAACGCUGUAUAUUACAAAGACUUCUUUUUUUCCCUAGUGUUUAUCCUACUCAUAGCGUAUUCAUCAUUAGAAUAAACCUGAUGUCGAUAUUACAUCGUUUAUUCUUCCACGUUUGUUGGAAUCUUGUUGGAUUUCGUUUCACGUGGAGCAGAAGCCAAGCUGUCUCGAGUACAGUCAAGUAUGGUAAAAAGGACACACUCUAUGCUGUGAUUAUCGACUAAUCGAUAACUCGGGAUUUUACCCCAGAGCUAAGUAUUGAAGCCACUGAUGGUAUUAUAGUCAGUCGUCUGGUAAUCUCUAAACUUCCAUAUCCGAAUCCGAGAAAUACAUUUCAGUACGGAAACUGUCAUCUGCCAUGUUGACAACGAGUCGAUCAACAAUAGAAUCUCCGAAGGUAGCCAAGCGCCAUAUUUUUUCCUCUUUCGACGUAGCCUACUGUUCUGCAUCCAUCCAGCGUUCGGCAGUGAUGUGUGACAAAGCUUGGUGCAUUAGUUUCAGGACAUCUGGCAGAUAAAAGUCUUGAUAUUUCUCGCGACAAUUCCCUUAACUUGGCUCCAGAUCAGCUCUGUUGUGUUCGUAUUGCAACGGUAAGGUGACAAGUGUAAAAAUGUUGCAUUUGUAUGGUAUGCUGCGGAAAUUAUUGUCUUUCAUGUUUCUACGGCCACUUUGGAGUGUGUGGAACUGCAUCUGAGGUAUGACACAAUUGACAUGGUCUAAAUAAAGAGUAUUUGGUUUUUGA